GCUGGUCCUUACUUUCUAAAUGUAGUACUCAGCAGUUGUGCAGCUGGGUUGUUACAGAGCAUCUUUGGCUUUAUUGUGGUGACAGCGACAGAAACAGAGGGAGUAAAGCGAGACAGCUUGUGGACACACACUGAGGGAUCACUGUAACGUUACAUCGGAGGGACAUAGAGGGACUGUGUCCACAGUGAGGGACAGUGAGACAGACAGCAGCUGACAUGAGUGAAUCCACUGUGGACUCGAGCACGCUCUGCCUCUUCGAUGUUGACGGCACGCUCACGGCCGCGAGACAGCGUGUGACUCCACACAUGGCCGAGUUCCUUGAGAAGCUGAGGACUCGGGUUCGAGUCGGAGUGGUCGGAGGGUCGGACCUCAGCAAGAUCAAAGAGCAGCUGGGAGAUGAUGUGAUCCAGAAAGCUGACUACGUGUUUGCUGAGAAUGGUCUUGUGGCCUAUAAGAAUGGAGAGUUGCUCUCUGUACAGUCUAUCCAGGCCCAUAUGGGAGAAGAGCUGCUCCAAGACUUCAUUAACUUCUGUCUCAACUACAUGGCCAAGAUCAUACUGCCCAAGAAGAGGGGGACAUUUAUUGAAUUCCGUAAUGGCAUGUUGAACGUCUCCCCCAUUGGACGCAGCUGUUCACAGGAAGAGAGGAAUGAGUUCUACGAGCUAGAUAAGAAAGAGAAAAUUAGAGAGAAGUUUGUGUCCAUAUUAAGGGAAGAGUUCAAAGGAAAAGGAUUGUCUUUUUCAAUCGGAGGGCAGAUCAGCUUUGAUGUGUUUCCUGACGGCUGGGAUAAGAGAUACUGUCUGAGCUUUGUGGAGAAGGAUAACUUCUCAGCUGUUCACUUCUUUGGAGACAAGACCAAACCUGGAGGAAACGACUACGAGAUCUACAGCGACCCGCGGACCAUUGGCCAUGAAGUCACCUGUCCAGAGGAAACCGAACAACUUUGUCAGCAGCUUUUCCUCUCAUGAGAGAGAAGCAGCAGAUGUUACUGUUGCUGUUACUGCUCACGUCUUUUUUAACUAGACAGACAAGAGAGGCUUAUUUCUUCAUAGAAAUAAUUCAUUUAAUGCACAAAGAGCCAGUGUUAUAGCGUCUCUAGUGAAUUCGAGGAAAAAGAGGGAACACUCGCUGACGAAUGAAAGGAGGGAUUUCUGGGUAUUUUUGAUUGGGGUUUAAAUGAAAGCUGUCUUGCCUUUAAAUGUGAUGGUAAAAGUAACGGUUUGAUUUUUUAUGAUGAGAUUCUAGCUUGUGUUAUUAACAUUACCUCAUGGGAAACUUUGAGCCAUAACAGUUAGCAACAAAAUGUUCCUGUUUGCAGAGACUAUCGAGGGGCAAAGUCCCUCCCCUUCUGGUUCCCCCCAAAAAUACGUACGAUAGUUAACGUCAACACGAAUCAUUUUUGACCCUCUUUGAGUUGUGCCAUGAAUUACACAUAUGUUUGUCAAUUUAAAAGACACUUUUACAAGUCAAAAAAAGUUGCAUUUUGUCAUAGUACCAUUUAGUUUCCGUGUGUAACCACUCAGGGAACUACGUCUCUUGUCACCAACACCAACAUGGCUGUUAUCCUAGCACAAUAUAAUAUCUGAGUCCAUAAGGACAUGGGUUGGGAACCAGAGGGUCACCAGUUCAAGUCCCCGUCCGGACCAAAUAUGGAGUGUGGACUUGUAGCUGGAGAGGUGCCAGCUCACCCCCGGGCACAACCAAGGUGCCCCCGAGCAAGGCACUGAACCCCCAACUGCUCAGGACACCUGUCCAUUGGCUCCCCCCUUUGUGCAUGUGUGCGUAUUUGACAACAGAGUGAAAAAAAAUUUAAUUUACCCUCGGGGAUUAAUAAAUUUUAUCCUCUUCAUCUUACCUGAUGUGUUUGAUCCAGUGACUCCUGGUCUUUUUAUCAACGGGGAAGCAAAAGGCAAAGUAAGACUUUGUGCUUGUGUGAGCCAUGGAUGUGUAAGUGUGUAUACAUCCUGGUAUGAGACACACAGGCAUUGUAGCUUUAGCAAGAGAGAAAGCUACAACGUCAUAUGCAACCUUUGGGUGUGUAGUCUUUCUAAUUAUGUCUUUUCACACUCAUACUCCAACAAUUUGCAACUCGCAGUUUCCAUGAUCACUUCAAUAUGUACUUGGAAUGACUGACUUUUUUGACUUGCAAAAUUAUCUUUUAAAUUGACAAACAUAUGUGUAAUUCAAGACACAGUUCAAAUGGGAUCAAAAAAUCCAUUGUCUCUCGCCAUAAACUCUCCUACAUACAUUAUUUAAUCCAUAUUUAACCAGGUAAGUCCCAUAGAGAUUAACAUUCUCCUUUACAAGGGAGACCUGGCCAAGACAGCAGCACACAAAAAGUUACAGCCAAACAACACAAUAAAAGACAUAAAAGAUAAACAGUAACGUAGAAAUAUUAGACCAUUUAUGCACAAUGACAAGGGCCAAACCAGCCAGAAGGAGCGGGGUGAGCCGGGUAGAAAUGGGGCACCAGGUUUUCAGCUACCCAGGUACAAGUGAAAUAGCCUGCAGGUGGUUAACACAGUGUUGAGAGGACGGAAAGAAAUUCAACUAGAGUUAAGUGGAUGGUCAGAGGCAGUACAGCUUUUAUUGUGCAAUAAUGGUCCACUAUCUUUAAUUGUGGAAAGAUAACUCAACUAGAAAUCAGUUUGCACUGCACGUCAAUACGGUCUGAUUCUGAAUGUGCUUUGAACAGAACUCCCUCGUGACCCGGUGUGCCUCUGACAAGCUGCGUCAGUGACACAGACGUCUCUUUGAUUUUCUUCAGAUGUGAUUUUGUAGCAGUGGGUAGACUUCGAGUUAAACCCGCUGGUCACAUGUCACUGUUCAUGAAACAAUCAGACAAUGAAUGCUGCUUUUCUUUUCCCAUAGCUAAUUUGUCAGUCAAAUGUUGUGACCAGGGACCAUAAGAUCUUCCAAAUGUUGAAGUCUUUGCAGGUUUCUUUAUUCAGCCAUGUUUCAUGUCACUGCUCUGUUUUAUAUGAACAAACUGGAACCAUGACACACAUCAUCUGCUGUGUGCUGUCAGAUUUAUCUCCUAGAUGUUAUAGAACAAUACAUACUGUUUAGUGUCACGGCUGUCAGGAGCAAAUUGUACCAUUUUUAUAUGGAUCUGAGAAGAAGAGCUUUAUACAGUUGUGUGACGGCACUUGAGCUUGAAUGAAGUAUUUACUUGUUUGAGGAUUCUGCUGUAAGAUAUGUGAACAGUGGGUAAUUAAACAAGGAUAUAUAAAGUACAAAGUCAGGUUGUAAAGUAUAAAUAAUGAGGAUUUAGAAGUGCAGUUGAGGUUAUAAAUUAUGUUUCGUUAUUAUAAACUUGAGUUCGACUGGCACUGGAGUUUCUAGGCUGGUAUCGAGAGUCACAAAAACACAUAAUACCUGAAAUAUAGUGACUAAAUUACUGUGACCAGGGUAUGUACCCAGCAGAGCAUUUUGUAGUUUAAAAAUAAACUUGUCUCUGCCCUCUAGUGGACAAAAUACAUAAUGGCACACGUCCUCAGACGUCUUUAGGAUCUCUAUACUGACACUUUUUGUUUCUUACUACCUGACAUGUAUAGUGAUACCAAGAUAUCUGCACAAUUCUCAAAUUAGACUUUAAUAUUUUCUAUGUUGAUGUAUCAUAACUAUGAUAAAUGGAAGUGUACAACAGGGUGGAGCCAGACAUCACAAACAGUCAUGGCUCAGCCCAAAUAUUGGGGGGUCCAGGGGCAUGACCAUUUACAGCAGCUAUAUGCACAAAUUUUGAAGCUAUAUGGGAUAAUAGAAAGGCUAAAAAUCUGUACGUCACUUAGGAAAAACCUGACAGUUGCAAAGGAAAAAAUCAGUGCCAGUUUAGGGAGCCAGCAUAUGAUUGAGAGCCACACACUCUUGAAGUGCCACUAGUGUCCAUGCAGCUAGAAGUUGUCAUCUCUAAGUACAUGCUUGUUAGGGGGGCACAGCUUGAUGUUGUCUACAAGUAGUGUAUUAAACUUAAGCUUUUGAGAGUGAAAGUAUUGAAAUGGACCACAAAUGAUUAAAAGAUAAUGCGUGCAUCUUG